UUUUUUACUCCGGGUCCUUUUUGUGGACGAACAAAGAUGGCGGCGUCCAUGUUGUGCAAAAGGACGGCAAUGUUAUGUAGGACUUUAAAGGGACUUUCAUGUUCGAAAACUGUACUUUCUGCAAACUCUCAAAGUGGGUUUCUGUUACAGGCGGCGUCCUAUAACCCCAGACCUUUGAAGCUGAACCUCCAUGAGCCCUACGUCCCAGACAAGGACAGCGAGAAGACGCCGGAGUGGCAGAAGACGGCCAAGUAUGACAGGAAGCUAUUCGGUCGCUACGGUUCAGCGUCCGGGAUCGACCCUGCCUCGCUGUGGCCCAGCCAUGAGCAACUGGACAAGAUCAUCGCAGAGGAACGGGAGUGGCACCCUCCGUUAGAGGUAAUGCUGAAGAACAUCGAGGCCAGGGAGAAGCAGGAAACCGAGAAACGGCUGGCAAAAGAGAGACUCCUAGCAGCGAACAUGGCCAAAAUGCCCAAGAUGGUAGCAGACUGGCGCAAAGAGAAGCGGGAAACCAAGCAGAAGCUGAAGGAGGAGAAAGCUCGGCGGGCAAAGUUGCUGGCCGAGGCCAGAGAGCGCUUUGGCUACGCAGUGGACCCCCGCAGCCCCAAGUUCUUGGAAAUGGUUGCAGAAAUAGAGAAGGAAGAGAAGAAGAAAAAGAAACUAAUGAAGCGCAGACUGAAAGAGGAGCAGGUGGUGGCCCCUGUCACACCUCCCGCUGCCUCCUCCUAGUCUUAGACUGAGUCAUUUCUGACAUUCACAACUGCUGGGGCUUGGUCUAACUACUGAAGGCGAUGGAAGGUGGGCUGCAUUGUACAACUCACUGGGACAUUCGUAAAAGAGUAUCUGAAUACCAGUUCAGACAUUGUGUUACCUGAUGGCAUCUGUAAUGGCCGAAAUUAAAGAAAAUUCCAUCCAUGUUUUUUGUGUGUAAAAAAAACAAACCUUAAGCGUGUUUUUUUUUCAUUAUGUAUUUAACUGCGCCAAAAGAAAUACUCUGCUGUAUGGAAAUGUUUAUAACCCACCUUUUGUCCUGGGGUCAAAUUUACCCAGUUAUUAAGUUUCAACAUCAAAAACAUUCAUCCAAAUUGCCCAAAUUUUACAUGGAUGCUUCCUGCAAGUUAAAUGAAGGAUCAGUUCACUACUUUAUUGAAUUUUGGGUGUUUUAUUUCCCCUCCCAAAAACUGACAAAUGAUAUAAUUUCAUAUAAGAGGUUUCUUGACCAUGAAUUUGAAAAAAAAGUGUAAAACUAGUGGUAAUACCGUAUACUGAUGGUAGUGUUACAAAAAUGAAGAAAAUGUUUGGGAAAAAAAGCAUCAAAUUGCUAAUUUUCUGUUUUGACCUAGAAGGACAACACAAGGGGUAAGAUUAUUUGUUGGGCCUUUUUAGGACUUAACGGGACAGUUUAAGACUAGAAAGAAGAGAGAAAGGGGGAAUGGCCAGGAAGCAAAGGGCCACGGGUCAGAAUCCAACCUGCGGCCGCUGUGGUACGGACUGACCUCUGUGCAUGGGGCGCACACAACCUGGUAGGCCCAAGAAAUGUAUGUUUCAAACUUAAUUUUGGCAUCAUUAAUGACAAAACAGUGGUAUGUAGAAUUUAUUAAUGCAAAAAUAUUUGUUAAACAUUCUGAAUUUUUUUUGGGAAAGUGCAUGCACUGUUACAAAUGUGCGUAAACACUGACUUUUGAUUAAUUCAACACACCAAGACGGUGUCAGCGAGUUGAGAACCGCUGUAAACGGUUCACCCCUCUAGCCGUGGCGUGAUGGACUCGUGCGCAUUUCCAUUGCAAGCAUGCACAACGAGAACUGAAUGAAUGCAUAGAAUACUGGCUGCAGACUGGGGGGCAUUUCUUCUAGUCAGUUAACCAUUUUCUAAAUUAUCUUAAAAUGCAGUCAUUCCAAAACAGACCAGUAUGCUGAAGUAACGUAAUUAUGUAAAUAAAAAAAUCAGCUAUUUUAAUCAUGUAAACUAAAGUCAUUACUAUACAUUUCAUCAAGUCACAAAAUGUCUGAAAACUGGUUGUGAGGCUUUCAAUCAAUUGGUUCAAAUUUAGUGUUUAUUUUUUCUAUGUAAACCAUGAAAGCAGUCCAUAAUAUCAAGUGUCCGUCAUUUUACAAUGUCGAACUGUUUUAUGAUCUUGGAAGCCAGUCUGGGCAGACUUUUAUAAAACAGCCUUUACCUUCGUCCAAUGUUGUGUUCCUGUAGACAGGGACACAACAAGGUGUACCUGAACACAGUGAUAAAAAAAAACCCAGCAUUCACUUGUUGAAAAUGGAUA